AUGUACUCAAAGAACUUAAUUGACUCAGAUUUUCAAUCCAAUCUUAUUAAUCAAGAAUUGAAACCAUUUGUUUAGAAAAUCUAAGAUAGAUAAAAAAGAUUAUCUGAGUUAUCAAAAUAAUUAGAAGAAAACAUACAGAAAUCAUUAUCUAUAAAUUCCACCAUCUUUGAAAAAGAAUUAAAAAAUAAACAAAAAGAAAUGAGGAGAACAAAAUUAGAAAAUGAAAAAAGAGUAACUAAAAUUAAAAAAGAAUACGAUCUUACUGAAAAUUCAAACCUUUCAAAACUAUUACAAAAGUAAUAAGAAUACAUAACUAAUUAUGAAUAAUUAUAUUAAGAAGAAAUGCAUUUUAUUAAGUUUAUAGAUUAACAUACAAAAAAUAGUAGUUACUUUACAGUUAUAAAUUCUAUUCUGAAUGAUAGUUUAAUAUUCUCUGGAUAAAAAUUAGAUAAUACUAGUGUAUUAGAAUACUUAACAGGAUAAAAUAAAAAUAAAAUUCCAAACUUUCAUAAUUCGAUUAAAUUAACAAUUUAACAAUUAUUAAAUAUUGAAGAAAAUUUAUUAUCAUUAUUCAAUUCUAAUAAUAGUGUGAGUGAUUCUCAGUUGUAAUUACUUUCAUAAUCAUUAACAAAUUUUAUUAAUAUUCUUAAAACAACUUAAACUUAAAUAGAUGAGAUUCUAUUAGAAAUGGAAUCAAUUUAAAAAGAAAUAUAUGAAACUGAUAAAAUUAGAAAAAAUAAUAUUAUUUUAAUAUAAUCCAUUAUUAAAGAUAAUUAGGAUUAAAAAGAACUAGAAAUUUAAGAAUUUAUCAAAUUAAAUGAUAAUUUAUUAAAACAACUUUUUUCAGUUAUUGAAAUAAAUAGAAAAUAUUAAAUAUUUUAAUAAUAAUCGAAUGAAGAUAUUCAAAAGAUAUUUUAAUUAUCUGAAAUCUAAUUUCAAAAUAAAUUUCAAAUUGAACAUAAAAAGUAGAGUAAAUAAGGUUGUGUAUAACUAAAAAAAUUAUCAACAGUACUCUUAUAAUCAAGAUUGAGGAUAAAUUCAGAUCAUAAAAAAGACUUAAAUGAUAUUUUAAAUAAUUCAAAUGAUUAAUCUUAAGAAAAUGGAAGUAAAAGAGAUGUAAUGGCUUUGGAAUCAUCUUUUCUUUAUUAAUCCUAAUAAACUCUAAAUUCUGAAAGAUCAAUACUAAAUUCAACAGCUUAAAAGUAAAAUUCACCUGUUUAUGUACGUAGUCCAAAUAGUACAAAAUAUCUUGAAAAAAAAUCUCAUCAUAUUCCUCAUAGUUAAACUUAUAAAACAAUAGCACAUGUUGAUAAAAAAACUGCUUUACCAUUAAGAUGUAUUUGUCCUCCUUAAUGUUUAUGUUCAGCAUAGAUUAUUAUGUAAAUACAUUCGUGCAAUAAUUAAUUGUAUAUUAAUUCAAAAGGUUAUGUUAUGUGUCAGCAAUGCUUAUUUUCUUAAUAAAUUUAAGAAUAUGGAUUCUUUUGUCCUUAAAAUAGAUAGAAAAAUAAAUUUAAGAAUUAUUAAGAUUUUUUUUUCUCUUUUUGGUUGCAUCUUUCAACUUUGACUGUUAAUGAAUAAAUUGUUGAAUUUUGGAAUAAUUUAUAAGUUAAUUGUCAAUAAUAAUGGAUGUAAGAUAAAUAAAUAGAAUUUAAUGAUUUAACAGAUGAAAUUAGUUUUAUAAAUUUUGUAGCCUACUGUCCUUUCAACAGUAAGUGUUAUCACAAAACUAGUCAAUAAUAAAUGCAUUUUUGUUAGUGUCCUCUCCUUAUAAAUUCAUUAGGAGAAUUAAUUUGUAAGAAAUGCAAUUUUUUUGGGAGUCCUUAAUUUCAUUUUAUUCAAUGUCCAGAAUAAAAAGAAUAUUAUUAUUAUUAAAACAUAGAUUUAUUUCUAAAUUCUAUUGAUCUUAAUAAUUCUAAUUUUGAAUCCGAAAAACAAAAUAUUGAAUUUUUAUCAAAGUUAAGAAGGAAUUUAAUUAAGAAAUGGAAAUGA